AUGUCGAUCUUCUCAGGCUCGGAACACGUAUCGACGGAGCGGGGUCACGGUCAUGAGACGCAACAACGUGGAGGCGAAGGGCGCCUGACUUCGAACCUGGGCGUGCCGAUAGCGGACGACGAGAACAGUCUCAAAAGUGGGUCGCGUGGACCCACGCUCCUAGAAGACUUUCUCCUGCGCGAAAAGAUUUUCCAUUUCGAUCAUGAGCGCAUUCCUGAGCGUAUUGUCCAUGCACGCGGCUCGGGUGCGUACGGCUACUUCGAAGCGACCAAGGACAUCUCGCACCUGACUAGGGCGGCUGUGUUCCAGAAGGGCAAGAAGACCCCGAUUUUUGCCCGUAUGUCCACAGUGGCCGGCGGCGCCGGGUCAGUUGAUACGCCCCGGGACGUCCGAGGCUUUGCGCUUAAGUUCUACACUGACGAAGGCAACUGGGAUCUGGUGGGCAACAACAUCCCAGUCUUCUUCAUCCAGGAUGCGAUCAAGUUCCCUGAUCUGGUGCACGCUUUGAAGAUGGAGGCGGACCGUGGAUUCCCUCAGGCAGCAAGUGCUCAUGACACAUUCUGGGACUUUAACUCGCUACUGCCAGAGGCUACGCAUAUGCUCCUGUGGCUCAUGUCUGACCGAUCCAUCCCGCGAUCCCUGCGCAUGAUGGAUGGUUUUGGUGUGCACACUUUCCAGCUGGUCAAUGCUGAAGGUGAGACACACUUUGUCAAGUUUCACUGGCGCACGAAGCAGGGUCUGCAGUCGACGACCUGGGACGAGGCGACUAAGCUCCAGGGUGCCAACAACGACUACCACCGCGCCGAUCUAUUCGAAGCGAUCCAAAACGGCCAAUACCCUGCCUGGGAGUUUGGCAUUCAGGUCUUUGAUCGCGAGUGGGCCGAGAAGCAGCCGUACGAUGUGCUGGAUGCGACCAAACUCAUUCCCGAAGAGGAGAUUCCAGUCGAGAUCAUCGGACACUUUGUGCUCGACAAGUGGCCGGAUAACUUUUUCGCAGAGACGGAGCAAGCGGCCUUUUGCGCGUCGAGCAUUGUGCCUGGCAUCGACUUUUCCGACGAUCCCUUGCUACAGGGCCGAUUGUUCUCAUACCUAGACACACAAAAGUCGCGCUUUGGCACCACAAAUUUCCACCAGCUGCCGGUCAAUGCACCUCGUGCCCCGGUGAACAACUUCCAGCGCGACGGCUUUAUGCAGCGCCAUGCACCGAAGGGCCGUGCGAACUACCAGCCUAACAGCCUGAACGAGAGCAAGGAGCCGACGGGGCCCCGCGCCUGCCCCUUUGGAUUCGGCACGCAGUCGCUUCCGCUUGGUCCCCGCGCUUCUGGCCCUAAGCUGCGCGCGCGUGACGAGCGCUUCCGUGACCACUACUCGCAGGCCCGCCUGUUCUGGCACUCACAGACGCCUACGGAGCAAGCCCACAUUGUGGGCGCAUUUGUCUGUGAGCUCAGCAAUGUGACGAUGCCGCAGGUUCAUGGGCGCAUGUUGGGUAACUUGCUGAACGUGGACGAAGACCUCGCCCGCCGCGUCGCCCGCGGAAUUGGUAUGCCUCUGCCGGCCAAGAGCGAGGCGCUGUCGCCCGUUCUCGAUAUGAAACCGAGUGACAAGCUGUCGAUCCACAAGAAUAUGAAGAAGACGCUCGAGGGCCGCAGUGUGGGCGUUUUGGUAGCGAACCAGACUGACAAGGGUCAGCUUGAUUCACUCCUCACGGGCAUUCGCCAGGCCAAGGCAACGCCUGUGGUGAUUGGACCCACACUGAAGGGCAUUCAACUGAGCGAUGGUAGCCAAAUCCAAGCAGAUGCACCUCUGGCUGGAGCGCCAUCAGCCCUGUUUGAUGCAGUGGCCUUGGUGUUGUCCAAGGAGGGCACAGAAGCGAUCAUGAAGGAGGUGGCUGCCGUACAGUUUGUGAUGGACGCAUUUGCUCAUCUCAAGGCCAUCGGCUUUUCGGAGGCUGCAGCUCCGCUCCUGCAGAAGGCAGGCGUGGAAGAGGACGCUGGUAUCACGAAGCUUGACUCCUCCUUCUUGGAUGCAGCAGCACAGCGAUUCUGGGACCGCGAGCAAAAAGUUCGCACAGUAAUCUAA